UCUCGCCGAUAAAAGUCCAAAACUCCGAGCAGGCCUAGCGAGAUAUUCGUCACCGCCGCGACGCCGUUGACGCUUAUACUACUUUGGUAAUAAUCUCUCUUCCUCCUCCUCUUCUGUACCAAGUAAAGAUAAUUGGUUGUGAAAGCAUAUGACUUUUUUGUGUUUAAUCUGCUGCUGCAUUAUUUGUUUGUGUGGAUGUAACGAAGGAGAUGAGUUACUUAAGACGAUCAAGUCAUCAAAAAAAGAUUGAUCCUUUUAUGUCCAAGCUUAUCCGUCUGAGAUUCUCUUAACUUGUCGGGUCUGUUUGUAUGGAUGUAAUGAAUGAUAUUAGUUGGCACGAUCAGCCUUUAUGUUUAGCUUAUAUUGUUUUCACAUUUGACUAAUUAGGUUUCUUUCAAUGGUGUUCUGUUUUUUUUGUUUUUUCUCUCUUUUCAUGUGAUUAAGUGACUACUACUGCUUACUAUUGCGUUUCGAGCAUGUUACUGAUCGCGAGGAAAGCUUUGGCCUUGGCGCAUAACAAGACUAUUCGUUUGACGACUAGGGAAGUUCAUUGCUUAAGCUCCAUUUUACUGUCUCCUCCUCUCGUGUCUCUUGACUUGCCUGAAAACUGGGUUCCUUACUCUCAUCCUCCAUCCUCCAUUGCCUUCGAGGGCGAACAGAAGACUGUGGUGAUUGAUGGAAAAGCGAUAGCAGAGGAGAUCAGAACGAAGAUUGUUAGUGAAGUGUGGAAGAUGAAAAAUGAUGUGGGGAAAGUCCCUGGUCUUGCGGUUGUUUUGGUUGGGGAACAAAGAGACUCCCAGACUUAUGUACGGAACAAGAUUAAAGCUUGUGAAGAAACUGGGAUUAAAUCUGUUUUGGCUGAGUUGCCUGAGGAUUGUACUGAAGGAGAUAUUAUCAGUGUGUUGAAAAAGUUCAAUGAAGACACAUCUAUUCACGGAGUUCUCGUGCAGCUUCCUUUGCCCCAGCAUCUUGAUGAAGCAAAGAUCUUGAAUAUGGUGAGGUUAGAGAAAGAUGUUGAUGGGUUCCAUCCAUUAAACAUGGGGAAUCUCGCAAUGAGAGGGAGGGAGCCGCUGUUCGUAUCUUGCACCCCUAAGGGAUGUGUGGAGUUGCUGAUCAGAGCAGGUGUUGAGCUAGCAGGAAAAAACGCUGUGGUGAUUGGAAGAAGCAACAUCGUUGGUCUCCCAAUGUCUUUACUAUUGCAGAGGUAUGACGCUACAGUAAGCACGGUGCAUGCCUUUUCAAAGGAUCCAGAGCACAUUACAAGGGAAGCUGAUAUAGUGGUUGCAGCCGCGGGUGUGCCUAAUCUUGUUCGUGGAAGUUGGCUGAAGCCUGGAGCAGUUGUCAUUGAUGUUGGAACAUGUCCUGUUGAGGAUAGUAGCUGUGAGCAAGGUUAUCGUCUUGUUGGAGAUGUAUGCUACGAGGAAGCGUUAGGUGUAGCCUCAGCGAUCACUCCUGUACCUGGAGGAGUCGGACCCAUGACCAUUGCCAUGCUACUAUGCAAUACCUUGGAUGCUGCCAAGCGGACAUCCUUGUGAUAAAAUGGUUAUCUCUGUCUUAUAAUCAAACCUUCAUUAACCAAAGAGAUGAGAUUCCAUGUUGUCGGGGGUUGUCUGAAUAAUCAUGUUCUAGCUCUUUUUCAGAGUAAGAGUUUAAUGCUUUUGUUGUAGUAGCUGGUUUCUAGAUAACAGUCCAAUGUUAUUGUUUCACUGGCGUUUGCAAGAUGAGGAAGGCAUGGUAGUUAUGCA